CUUCCCCCUGUGCUACUCAACUCCUUCAUCUUGCCUCACCAGCAUACAUUAGUUGCCCUAGUCUCCAACGCCAGCUCAGAAGCUAUCCAGCCCAUUUUCAAAAUGUCUUCAUACACCAUCAUCAUUGAGAACAAGAACACCGCGACGGGCCCUCCCAAGGUCUACAAUAUCUACACUGAAAUGCCUGGGAUUAGUGGCGAUACCGGAUUGCAGAGCAUGUUCUCCGUUGCCUGGUACAAGUCUCUCGGAAUCCCGCGUGGGGGUCGUGACACCUUCCGAUUCACUACCAAUGUGUACGCCUUCGUCGGCAGCUCCUCCGAGUACAGCACGCAGCUGGCGGCGGGCCACGCCAUCAACAUCAUCAACAGUGCGGUGGCCAAGGUCGACCCACGUAGGCAGAAAGGCUCGCAGUUCCUACUAACUAAGGACUUCGAUAUCAAUGACAGCAAGGAGGACCGUGCUAAGGCCGGUGCCUUCGACUUCUCCGUCGAAUCGGCCUUUGACGAACCCAACAAGUACGUUGUCGGUGUCGCCCGCGAACAGGUUGGCGGGCAGUUGACCCCCGUCGCCGUUGUUGACCUCAAGUCCUCGGCCGAUUAUGUCUUCGAGCCUAAGCCUAAAGUCUACGUUAGUUGCACCAGCGUCGACCGGGGCGAGGUUUUCACACCACCUACCACCGCGGGCCAGUUCGCCGAGAUCGAAUACAAGGACGGCCGCAAGACGGCCUUGGUGACGGAGUCGGCCGGUGCAUUCAGCAUCGCGUAUAUCUGAUUGAAAAAAUGCCCUCACAUGUGAGACGCUGGCACUUGUCUGGUCUGCCUGCAUCGUCUUUGCUUUGAAAGGCUAUUCUGCGAUGAUGAGACACCAAAUCGACAAUUGUUGUUAUGAUGGAGUUGGACGGAGAACAGGGUUCCGCUCGUUCCAGUUAGAUGGGCCAUAGCUCUUAAAAAUCACAUUGCUAC